CUCAACCUUGCCUUACGUGUUACAAUAAACUUUUUUGUAAACUUUUCUUGUUACUCAUUAUACAACUCCUCAUUAUAGAGAUGACCGAAAAAAUUUCUAAUUUUUCUUUAAAUGAAACUUUGACAAAUGGGGCCCGGUCUAGCAAAAGCCGAGGUUGGGUCCGGUCACGUGAUUUCAAGAUUUUUUAAUUAUCAUAUGCCUAUAGGUCUAACCAUUUGGAAAAAAAGUUUUUCCAUUCAUAAUAUAAUAGUAAAAAAGGCGUAAAUAUUUACACUUUUGCAGUCUUUUAUUUAAUUAUUUUUUAAAAAAAACGCACUUUUUUAAUAUUUAUUUUUAAUAAAUUAUAUGGAAUACGGUAUUAACUUUGAUAAUGAUAAUGCAAACGAAAAUAUUUUAUCUGCUUUAGCAGAACUGAAUAACACUUUUUUUAUUGAAAAUGAUUCAAGUUCUGAUGAAAAAAGUAUAUCAGACAAUGAAAUUAUUCCUAAUGUUAACGAUAUUGAGGAUGAUACUCAAAGUCUUGUAGAAAAUUUUAAUAAAAUGCAUUUAAACAACUUUGAAUUUAUGGAAAAUUCUGAUAGCUAUAUUGAAGACAAGGUUUAUGUUGAUAUAAAAUUAAAAGUAAAAGAAUUUUUUGAUAAAGGAAAAUGCACAUGUAAUUUUAAGUGUUUUGAGAAAAUUGGAUAUGAGAGGUUUCUUACACGUCGAAUAGAAUUUGAAGCUUUAAACAAAGAUAUGCGGAAUAUGGUUAUCAAAGGCCAACUAAUGGCAUUUCAACAUGACGAAAAUACAAAAAAAGUAACUGCCAAUAAUAGAAAAUUUUUCCAUUUCAAAUAUUGUUUUAAUAACAGCACUCCUAUUUGUCAUAGCACAUAUCAGGCUCUUGUUGGUGUUGGUCAUUCUUAUUUAGAUAAUGUAAUAAAACAUUUACGAGAAUUUGGUUUUGAGGAACGUAUACAUGGUAAUACUGGAAAUGUCCCAAAAAAUAUGAUACAUGUUGAAGUAAAUUAUGAUAUGGUGUGUGAAAUUUAUAACUUUUUAAAAAAUUACUCUGAUAUACAUGGUUUACCUUCACCUGGGCGAAAAUUAAACAAAAUAACUAUGCCAGUAGUAUUUCUUCCAACGAAUUUUAGUUAUGCAUCAGUAUAUCGUGAUUAUACUCAAGCUUAUAAAGAACAAUAUGGAGAAGAAAAACGUAUUUUAUCUGAAAGAACUUUUAGAAGGACCUGGAAAUCCUUAAUGCCAUCACUCCAGUUCAUGUCCCCAAAGUCUGAUUUGUGCGAUACAUGCGAAGCAAUGAAAUUGGAGAUUCAAUAUAUUACAGAACAUGAAAAAAAAUAUCAGUCACUGGGAAUUAUUUGGCUCAUUUGAGUCGUGCAAAAGAAGAACGUAAUAUUAUAAUAACAAUAUUACACUCGCAGUUGAAGAUGGAAAAAGAAACCCAAAUAAAACUAAAACUCAGAUAUUAUUUAAAAGUUUUGAAGAGAGCGCUCAUAUCACAUAUGAUUGGGCUCAGAAUGUACAUGUUCCUUACUUCCCACAACAAGUAGGAUCUUUAUUUUUUAAAAGUCCUCGAAAAGUUCAUUUAUUUGGAGUUUGUAAUACUGGAAACUUUCCUCACACAAAACUAAGGUUGCUUGCUGAAACCUAGGGGUUUAGACAAGAUGGCGUUUUGCCGAAAAGCGAAAUUCUGCCGAAACUAUAUUAAAGUUAUAUUAAAAAACUGGCGAAACUUUGG